GGUCCUCAACAGUAAUCACUUGGGAGAGACAGAUCUUUCAAAACCUAGACGAGGAGAAAAAUAAAAUAAAAAAAUCUCAUCUCUUUCUUCAUCUUCUUCUUCCUCUUCUUCCUCUCUCGAUUCUAUCAUCUGCUUCUUUGUUGUACUCGCCCUUGUUCGUUCUCAAGAACUUCAAUCUGAUUUUUCAAUUUCUUGGUGGGGAGGGGCGUAGUUUACAACCAAAGUGAUUCCCUUGUUUUGAUCAAUCCGGUUCUUUCUUUCUUGUACCAAUUUUUUUUUUUUUUUUUAGGUUUUGUUUGUGUUUCCAUGGCUGCGGAUCUCGAUGAUUGUUCUGUAUCGGAACAAGAGAGUUCUUCCUCAUUGUCACCACCGCUUCCGCCGCCUCGGUCUCCCUCGAAUCAACCGGAGUUUUGGAUGAGAGUCGAGGAAGCCACCCGUGCAAUCAUAGAGCAAGUUCAUCCAACACAUGUCGCCGAGGAUCGAAGAAAAAAUGUCAUUUUGUUUGUUCAAAACCUACUCGGAAUGAAACUUGGCUGCGAGGUGCAUUCUUUUGGAUCAGUCCCGUUGAAAACAUAUCUUCCUGAUGGAGACAUUGAUCUCACAGCUUUUGGUGGACAUUUACUCGAGGAAGACCUGGCGGCUAAAGUUUUCUCUGUACUUGAGAGGGAAGAACGUACUGGGACUACCGAUUUUGUGGUUAAGGAUGUCCAGUUAAUUCGCGCUGAGGUUAAGCUUGUUAAAUGUUUGGUGCAAAACAUUGUGGUUGAUAUCUCUUUCAAUCAGAUUGGUGGGAUAUGUACGCUGUGCUUUCUCGAGAAGAUCGAUCACCUCAUUGCAAAGGACCAUCUUUUUAAGCGAAGUAUCAUACUCAUCAAAGCUUGGUGCUACUAUGAGAGCCGUAUUCUCGGGGCUUUCCAUGGAUUGAUAUCAACAUAUGCUUUGGAGACGUUGGUCUUAUAUAUCUUCCAUCUCUUCCACUCAUCAUUGAAUGGUCCACUAGCAGUUCUAUACAAAUUUUUGGACUACUUCAGCAAGUUCGACUGGGAUAACUAUUGCAUUAGCCUGAAUGGUCCCGUCUGCCUUUCCUCUUUACCAGAAAUUGUUGUUGAGACUCCGGAAAAUGGAGGGGAAGAUCUUCUGCUGACCAGUGAGUUCCUUAAGGAAUGUAUGGAGAUGUUCUCUGUACCUUCACGAGGAUUUGAGACAAACCCUCGUGUGUUUCCAUCAAAGUAUCUUAAUAUAGUCGAUCCGCUUAAAGAAAAUAACAAUCUUGGACGCAGCGUAAGCAAAGGUAACUUUUAUCGUAUACGAAGUGCAUUCACAUAUGGUGCUCGGAAGCUUGGGCAAAUCAUUUUGCAGUCAGAAGAAAACAUAAGUUCUGAGCUUCGUAAGUUCUUCUCGAACAUGCUUCAUAGGCAUGGGAGUGGCCAGAGGCCCGAUGUCCUUGAUGCUGUUCCAUUGGUAAGGUACAACAGGUACCGUGCUAUAUCGCCAGCUUCAACUGUCAACCAUUUCCAAGAAGGCCAAGUGGUUGAUGAAUCAGAGUCCUCCAGUUCAUCUGGUUCUGGUGGAAAUGGUAGACAUGACCAAGAAAACUCGUUGUAUGUAGGAGUAAGUACAACGAGUACAACUGAACAUGAUUUAAGCAGAUCACCUGGUGAAAAAGCCCCAUUAGUUUCAGAGGAACGAUUUGCAGGAGACGCAAAAGACUUGGCUACUUUAAGGAUCCAAAAGCUUGAGAUUUCUGUUGAUUCAGUGAAACCUCCGUGCCUUAGUGAUAAGGAAAGUGUCUCUCCUUUAAAUGGUAAGCACCAUUCUCUUCAUCAUAUGAGAAAUGGAGAGGUUUUAAAUGAUAACGGGGUGGGUAAACAGCAUGUUGGUCACGAAGACAUGCAUCUCCAUAGCUCGGGUCAUUGUGUUUCUGGCACUCGGAAUAGGCUGUCUGACCUCUCAGGCGAUUACGAAAGUCAGCUUACCAGUUUGCGAUUUGGGCGUUUUUGGUUUGAGUGUGUCCAAAAUGGUCUUUUCAUUCCAGUAUCACCUCCUGGGCUGUCUCAGGCGCCAAACAACAAUUCAUGGGAUGUAAUUCGGCAUGCUGUGCCAUACAGGCAGAAUGGGCCUCCUUCAGUAAACACCAAUGGAGUUGCUCCGAGACAGGUUUUCUUUCAUGUGAACCCUCAGAUGAUUCCAGCUACUGGUUUUGGUAUGGAGGAAUUAACUAAGCCAAGAGGAACUGGAACUUACUUCCCCAAUGCGCACCAUUACAGGGAUAGACCGUUCUCACCAAGAGCAAGAAUGUCACACCAAGUUAGGUCGCCUCGUAACAAUGGCCGAGGCAUGCUACAUGCGCACUCAGAAAUGAAUUUUCCUGACAGAAACACCCGUGAGAGACAGCUUCAUUAUCCCAACCAAACAAAUGGUUCAUGUGAUAUGAGUCAACCUGAUUCACUUGAAAGCAUUCCUGAUACCAAUGGCUCUGCGAAUCAUCCAUAUGAAAAGGCUCCGGAGUUUAGGCCUACGGAGCCUCUACCAGUGGAAGUAGUCAGCCCUCCUGAGGGCAGCAAGCAAAGAGAUAGCAUUGGAGGUCAUCAUAAUCGGCGUCCCAAAUCUAUACCCUCCCCUCCACAGGAAGAUCGUAAUGUACAUGUAGGGUAACGCCUACACAGUCAUACCAUUUGACGGAUGAUCAUGAGUUCCCUCCUUUGUAGCUCUGGUGUCUGAUUUACAGACACAUGCUCUCUCUCUCUCUCUAGACCAUUAUAGGAACAGGUAUAACUUUCUAACUUGGUUUGUGUCCUAAGUUAUUUGUUUUGUCCUCCCGCCAGAAAGAAAAGAAGAAUGGAGCUGUGGUUUUUCUUUUUUUCUUGUAUGUUAUCUCUAGUGCUAUAGAAUUAUUUAUAUGUAUCUUUAUCAAAAUCUCAAACUCGCUGUGGACAAAACCUUUGCAGAGCUUUUGUAUUUUCAACUUAGACAGGUUUGCUGAGUGUAUUUAUAGGAUGUUUUUCAUUCCAAAGUCGCUCUUA